AUGAUCAUCAAGGGGUUGUUUAGAAGGUAUGAGAGGUGGAAUCCUGUGCACCCAACAUUAGGAGCCUUUUGGGGUAUAGGGGUAGGUAUCGGUUGUGGUGUUGGAUGGGGACCUGGUUUUGGCCCUGAGGCGAUUGGUUAUGUCGGUGCUGGCUGUGGUGCUGGAUUCAGUGUUGGUGUCACUCUUGCUGGUUUUGGCAUUGGUCUUCCAGCUAACUAUGUGUACGCGCUUCCUUACAACGCUCUCAUGGCGAUUAGAACUAGUGCAUUGGAGGUUCCUCAAUCACGAAGCUUAAUUAGCCUGAAAAGUAUUGCAGGGGAUGCUUCCUUUACCUUUGCCGAAAAUUUCAAUGGCUUGCAACGAAGAGCAAGUGAAAUGUUUUCCAGUAUUGGUAAUAAAAAUCCUCUGGAGAACGGGAUGAGUAUUUCUGAGAUGAGAACUGUACUCUUUUCCCAUGCUAAACCUGUGAUGAAUCAGUUUGAAAGAAUUAGUAGAAACUUCUUUCCUCCACCCAAAGGUUCAAAAGACUGA